CAGCAUGAAGUUCCAUGAGGUGCGCGAUUACGUACAGCGGUGGCUGUAGCGUCAACGGCGAAUACCGUUUUGCGUUCACCGAAAUAUCUCGUGACGGAGAAGAACGAGAACUCCGUGACACAGCAAGAAAAACCGUGAGUGAUCCUUUUUCCUCGAAGUGAUGGUCACAUUGCAAUUCUUCACUGUUGGUGUGACACAACGGCACACAUUUAUCAAGACGUCUUGACAAUUGCCGUUGUAACUUAAAGCAAAUGUGAUUCCGAUGGAAGUUCGGUGUUGUAGUUGCAAAUACGGACUUCAUUGCUGCUAACUUCUUUGAAGCGUUGGUUCAUUGCAGCUAUCCGGAUAUGUAGCUUACGACCGCCAUCCAUCGCCUUUUACACAUCGAUUCGUUAUGCUAUGCUCUAGUGCUACUCGGAACGAGACUUAAGGAGACCUCAUGGAUCCGCAUCUUUACCUGUCGAAGCAAGGCUGUUUACCGUGUGAUGCCGCGUGUGGCGACGAUCACUGUUCCCAAGCACAACGCUUCUUAUGACGAGCAUGCUACUGUACCUGUAGCCAGCCGGUCACUGCGUCAAGUUAACUGACCCCUUAGAAUAAUGCAUGGCAUCAGUGAAGUCAUACAAGACGAAGGCUGUUGUUCAGCGCCACUCCAGCAUCUGUGGAAUGGAAGCUGUCUUUGAAUCCAACGCGCUUCCAAUAUCGAAAGCUCUCGGCCCAAUAGACGCCGUGCAUCAAUCCUUGACUGAUCCCAACAGACUGCGAGCCAUCGUCCAGCUGGAAAGCCUCGGCCGCAUCUUCCUUCGUGUCCGGCCAUCAAGAAGGCCGCCCCGACUUUUCCCCACCGACUGCAAGUCCAGUUCAAGUGCAAGUAGCACUUCCGAAUUUGACCCACCAGCCUCAAGUCGACGCCUUCAAUGGGACUGCGCGACUCAACCCGCAAACUCCUGCGCAAGCUCAGCUCACGCGACAAGAAACAGGAAGAGGCCGAACAGCUGCAGCCCGUGGCGCUCGCGGGUGCCAGCAAACGCUCCACGAACCGCUCGGAGCUCUGUAGCUCAUUCGCCACCACUGUCGUGACACGUGAAGAGCUUGAAGGGCGACGGAAAGCCAUGAGCGAGGGCAGCGCCGACUGGGAACAGUGUGGGAUGUGCACGCGUAGCUUCGUGGCCGGCACUAGUCGCUAUACAGGCUUCUGUUCGCUUGAUUGCAAGUCCGCAGCGCUCUACACCCAGUCAGCGCGUGUCUACCGAGGACGCUAUCGCAAUGCAUAAGCUAUAAGAACAUCAAGAGCAAGGAGCGGAAACUAUUAACUUGCAAGUGGAAGGAAACGCGGUCGAAACAAGAGCGGAAUGUUAUGUACUGUAGUCGUCGUAGUCGUUGUGGAGCUCUCGCUCGGCUGCCUUCUAAACCACAAAAAUUAAGCCAACAUGAAGCCGCCGUAGCGUCUCUGCUUCACAUCAUUCCGUCG